CUUGUCGUAAGAGCCUUAGAAACGAUAACUAUAUAAACGUGAAAUUUCUUUUGUUUAUAUCUUGAUCUCGAAAGUAGAUCAAGAUUUCAUAUUUGGAGCAUAAGUAGUCGAGAUUGAGUACUAUCUAUGGCCAAGAGCAUGUGCAAAAAUAACUGUCUCACAGGAAGCAUUUUACUAGCGUGACGACUUUCACAUAAUUUUUUUUACCUGAAAAAUACGGUAUUGCAUUUAAUAUCACUUAUAUCUAUUGUAUAAGUGUACCUCUACUAUAAAUUUCGUACAAGUCCCUUAGCUGUUGCUGGUUUAUUACAACGGUUUCUACCAAAAUCUGUUGUGAUAAACCAGCAAAACUGAAGUUGAAUACGCCGUAAAUCCGAAAGCAUAGUCUGAUAGCCUGAUAUGAGCACUGAUCUUUGGCAUAUGAGCGCCAAAAUGUCCAGAAGUAUCGAACAAGAAAACCGAUCUUCAAAAUCAGCAUUUUUCAUAUUCUAUCCCCUUUCGAGCUCAUCCGUACAACUUAUACAAUAGAUAUAAGUGAUAUUAAAUGCAAUAUCAUAUUUUUCAGGUUAAAAAAAGUUAUGUGAAAGUCGUCGCGCUAGUAAAAUGCUUCCUUGUUGUGCAUAUAUAUUCGCACAUGUGCGACAGUUAUUUUUGUACAUAGUACUCAAUCUCGACUACUUAUGCUCCAAAUAUGAAAUCUUGAUCUACUUUCGAGAUCAAGAUAUAAACAAAAGAAAUUUCACGUUUAUAUAGUUAUCGUUUCUAAGGCUCUUACGACAAGUUCCAUAACUUUUGAAGGAGAGAAGUUCCGGUGAAAAUGUUUUGGGAAUCUUCCUAAGUAUGUCGAUGUCGCUGCUACCUACUGUGAAAGUAUGAACAAAAAACUCAGACAUUGAUUGAGCAACUUAGGCCGUCCCUAACAUGCAGUGGCUCUUAACUUGCCUCGAUCUACUUAACAUUAGAUUAUUGCACUAUGUUGCGUUUCGAAAUUAAAGUUUAUAUUAAAUCUUGCUUGAAGGUUAAAACUUUUGAUGAUUUUUUGAAUGUUCAUGUUUCAUUUGAUAGUGAAUGUUUGCCGAUAACUUAAUUUUCAUGUUUUUAGUGGACAUUGUAAAGCCCUGGCUGGACCUUAUGCUGAUGCUGCAAAACAAUUGAAAGCAAGCGGUAGUGAUACUAAAUUAGCUAAAGUAGAUGCAACAGCUGAAACAGAAUUAGCUACAAAAUAUGGAAUAAAAGGCUAUCCAACAUUGAAAUAUUUUUCUGACUCCACAACAAUUGAUUAUAACGGUGGUCGAACAGCCGAUGACAUUCUAAACUGGUUAAAAAAGAAAACAGGACCAGCGGCAACCGAAUUGAACACUUUGGAAGAAUUUAAAACAUUGAAAGAAGCAAACCAAGUUGUUGUUAUUGGUGCAUUUAAAGAAACCGAUGGUGAUUCAGCGAGUGCGUUAUUACAAGUUGCUAAAACUUUGGAUGAUAUCCCAUUUGCUUUUACAUCUAAUAAUGAUAUAUUAAAACACUUAGAUAUCAAAACUGAUACCGUUGUUCUAUUGAAAAAGUUUGAUGAAGGUCGAAAUGAUUUAACAUCGGACAUCAAUGAAAAUUCAAUCCGUGAAUUCGUUCAAGCAAAUUACUUGCCAAUAGUUGUGGAAUUUAAUGCUGAAUCUGCACAAAAAAUAUUUGGCGGUGAUAUCAAAGUGCAUGUUUUAUUGUUUGUUGGACGCAAAAGUGAUGAUUUUAAGAGUAUACAUUCAGAAUUUAAAGAAGCUGCUAAAAGUUUUCGUGGAAAGACGCUAUUCGUUUUAAUUGAUGCUGAUGAUGAAGAAAAUGAACGCGUUCUUGAAUUUUUUGGUUUAAAGUCAACAAAUGUUCCAGCUGUUCGUUUAAUUACUCUCAAAGAUGAAAUGGCUAAAUUUAAACCAGACUCAGAUGAAAUAAAAACAACAAUUAUUGAAGAAUUUGUGCAAAAUUUCUUAGAUGGUUCAUUGAAACCACACUUAUUAACACAAGAUAUACCUGAUGAUUGGGAUCAAUUACCUGUCAAAGUUCUAGUUGGAAAAAAUUUUCAUAAAAUUGCCAAAGAUCAAACUAAAACAGUUUUGGUCGAAUUUUAUGCACCAUGGUGUGCUCAUUGCAAACAGUUGGCACCGAUCUAUGAUCAGCUCGGUGAAAAGUACAAAGAUCAAGAUGAUGUUGUUGUGGCUAAAAUUGAUGCAACGGUAAACGAAGUUGAAGAUAUUAAAAUUCAAAGUUUUCCAACAUUAAAAUUAUUUCCCAAAGAUUCGGAUGAUGUUAUUGAUUAUCAUGGAGAACGUACGUUAGAAGCAUUGUCCAAAUUUAUUAACAGUAAUGGCAAUGAAGGUGGAAAAGUUACAGUAGAAACUGCUGAACAUACCGAAGACGCUGAUGAAGAAAUAGAAUCAUCUCAUGAUGAAACUCAACAUGAAGAUUUAUAA